AUGCCACCGAAGAAACAAGCAUCCCAAGCCAAAAAGUCCACUUACUCAUUUCCUCAAAAUUUUUUUCAACUAGACAAAAGCUUAAAAAAGCAGUUCUACGUGCCACAGCCGAAGUCGAUUAUAUCGGAACAAAUCGUUACAAUCGAGCACUUCUUCAGCGAGUCCUUUUGCGAUACACUAAUAUCAUCUUUUGAAUCGAAACUCCAGCUAGAGACGACGCCGAAUAUAAAGAGUAAGGAUUUUGCUGCAAGAUACAAUGAUAGAAUAUCGUUAACAGAUCACGAGGCAGCAGACGCCCUAUGGCAGUACUUGAAAGCUAUACUUCAACAGAAAGUUGAUUACGAGGACGAAGAACUCGAAGAGAUCAAACAAAUAUUUUCAAAAGCCAGGAGUCUCAACCCCCAAUUACGUAUAUAUAGAUACACAAGAGGCCAUCAUUUUGGUAAACACUAUGACGAUUCGGUCAAAUGUCCUUUGGCGCAUGAUCCUUCCAAGAUGGGGAAAACAAAAUGGACAUUGCUUAUAUACUUGACAGGAGGGGACGAAUUCAUUGGAGGUGGCACUAUCUUCUAUCCGAAUCUCAAAGCUAACGACGCUAUCAAUGUGCAUCCAAGUAAAGGUUUGGCCCUUUUACACAAGCAUGGUGACGACUGUCUACAGCACGAAGCAGAGAUUGUUAAGGACGGGACUAAGUGGGUUCUUCGAAGUGAUGUAACUUUCUGA